CUUGCUUCUUCUUCCCACACUACUCCACCACUCCAUAACAAGCUCUCACCUUUUCUCCUCCGCCGUAAUCUACGCCACCAAAGUCAACGACUUCACCGUCGGAAUUGUCAGAUCAGAGCAAUGAGAGCUGUAAUCCAAAGAGUCUCAUCUUCCUCUGUUACGGUGGAUGGUCGAAUCGUAUCGGAGAUUGGUCCUGGUCUCUUGGUACUAAUUGGAAUCCAUGAAUCAGAUACCGAGUCUGACGCUGAUUACAUAUGUCGAAAAGUUUUAAACAUGAGAUUAUUCUCUAAUGAAACCACUGGCAAAGGAUGGGACCAAAAUGUAAUGCAGAGGAAUUAUGGAGUUUUACUUGUUAGUCAAUUCACAUUAUACGGAUUCUUGAAAGGUAACAAACCAGAUUUUCAUGUCGCAAUGCCACCUGAUAAAGCGAAACCUUUUUACGCCUCUUUAGUUGAGAAAUUCCAGAAAGCAUAUAAUCCUGAUGCUGUCAAAGAUGGUGUGUUUGGAGCUAUGAUGCAGGUCAAUCUUGUAAACGAUGGUCCGGUCACGAUGCAGCUCGACUCACCUCAAUCCACCAAGUAAGCCAAGAUUGUUUUGCAUAAACUUAUCAGGCAUGGAUUUGUUACUAAAGCAAGUCUUGAUAUGUUCCAUAAGUGAGAAAAAGGCAUCAACAGAAUCAUAAGAUCACUCAUUUUGUAUUGGCAAAACUAUAGAAUAUAUAAAUUCAUAAUUCAUUGAUCUGUAACUCUUAAUUCCUACAUUACAUUGUAACUUCUUUGCUUCUAAUCCAAUUGAAGUCUCUAGAUUU